AUGGCGUCGCGUCUCACACUCACUCCCUUUGCUGGGAAAGGCCGCAAGACUCCGCCCUUCCAGUUCGUCAACUUGCAAGAAAUCGAAGGCUUCGACACCACCCUGCUCUACGGAAGUCUGAGAGAGCAGCCUCCUGUUCCACAGCCUCAAGACGUCGCGCAAGGCCCGCCGCAGGCUCAGCCUGAAGCAGCACCACCAGCGCAAGGCGACAGCGAGAUGGUAGAUGCGGAAGACCAAAUCAACUACGACGACUACCUGUUCAGGGAGGAGGUGAGAGCAGACGCCGCCUCUAUGUUCACCACAGGGGACGACUACACCACCUCUUCCAUCCCGCAGAACGGCAACAACACCGCAGCCACCGUGGCCACCUCCGAGACCAACCAAACCCGACCGAAUCAAACCAACUCUACCUCUGCCGCCAAAAGCGCAGCCCCUGCGAUUCCUCAAGACAUCCAAGACCUCUGCGACGAGAUCAAAGCACGCCCGCGCCGCCCGAACGGCCUGUUCAACCGCACGAUGUUGGCCGUAGACUUCGACGAGCACUUCGACAGGCGUAUGCACCAUCUCAGGGCGAGGUCGUCGUUGCAGGACUUUGCUGGCGAUGAGCGGCUGUUCAGCAAGGAGGAAUGGGAAAACUUGAUGGGGACGUCGCCUGAUAAGCGUGGGGCGUGA